UUAUCAUUAAGUAUCCACAAUGGUUGUUGGGUGGAGAGUGAGUCUCCUUUGCUCUCUGCUUCUCUGUGAUGUGACCUGGACUGGUAUAAAAGGCCAGUUGCCCAAUUCAAAUAUUCAGCCUGGAGUUCCUGUCCAUGUCAAGACCAAUGACCCAGGGGUUCAGAAAGCUGCCAGGUUUGGUGUCUACAGAUACAAUAACAGUUCAAAUGACAUAUUCCUAUUCAAAGAAUCUUGCAUAAACAACGCCACAAUACAGGUAGUGAAAGGGCUGAAAUACAGGCUUGAUGUUGAUAUCCGCCGGACAGUGUGCAGGAAAAGGGUACAACCUGACUUGGACCAAUGUGAUUUCCAGAGAAACAAGAAACUGAGACAAAAAUUCAGAUGCUAUUUUGAAGUGUGGCUUAUACCUUGGUUACAGAGAAUUCAAGUUCCAGUCUCUCUCUGUCACUGACCUUCCCUCAAAAAAGGUUACGAGCUCAGAUUUGUUCUCUAUUAAUUGUCCAAAGACCAAUAUCAAUAAACACACUGGACUGUAAA